AGUAGUUAUAAAUUUAUGCAGGUUUGUAUGCGGUAUCUUUUGAAUGCGACUGUUCAAGACGUUUUGUUCGCUGUGAUCGCAAGAAAUCUCGCUCUGUAGCUCCUCUCUAACAGUCGUAAUUUCACCCUCAGCACGGGUACACAAUGUGCUUGGGUUCGACGCGUUUUUGUCGCUGAUAUUUCUAAUUUUUACGACGCCAAAUGGUGAAUGUACUUGAAAAUGGUAUCCUUAGAAACUUCUGGCUCCGAAGGCCUUUCGUCAAAGGUGUGUUGUAUAUUUUUAUUUAUCUAGAUCUAUGAUCAAGAUGGUUCAAAAUUUUGCCGGAUUAGCAUCUAUUAUAGUAGUGUUUUAGCAGAAAAUGUUAAAAUCUAAUCUACAGUGCUUUUGUCCCGUUACAAGCGGCCCUCAAAAACCUGAACUAACAAACUCAUGAACUCAACUUUAUUCCUUCUAGCGACCGAUCCGCGACAGAUAGAAUGUUGUUCACAUUGAAUCGUUCUUCUUCAAUCCUUUUGUGAUUUGGACAACAAGCUUUAUUGCUGUACCGCCAGCGUGAAAGUAUUUCACAGCUAGAUCAUGCACACUCUCGUUUUAUUGUAGAGUUCUCCGAUCGAGGAUCACUGAGCCAAACGAAAAAUAGAAUUAAAUUCACAGUUUAUCUUUAGCAUAGUUUAUUCUUCUGGGAUUGUUGACUAGGUCGUAGUGAAGACACACUACUUUUUUUCAAAAGAGAGCGAAAUAAUGUCACAAUUUUGUUGGUACUGCAAAAAGUAAUAUAAAACACAUCCGUUCUCACUGACACUGCAUUUGACGCGUGUUUUGCUUUGUACACGCUUGACAAAUUUUGACACCGUCUUUCCCGCGCGUAGCGAUGUUGAAUUAAGCUUUUUUGUGAUCGCAUUUUCCUUGGGGGAAUGUGUACAGCACAAUAGUCUUAACUUGUAGUCGGAAUAACUAACGUAUUGUAUCUAUUUUCUCGUUGUGAAAAAAGUGAUGUUUCUCUUUCAAAUAAUUCCACCUGCUCCAUGUCCGAACUAGGAAAUAACAAAUUUGUAUUCCUAUCCAUUUCAUUCUGUUUGUUUUGCGAAAAAGGUUUUGGAUGUAAUGAGCUGAGUUCACCUAUUUUCCAUCGCAAAUGUUGCAUUCUCUAAUGCGGUGACACUAUUUUUUUCCGCUUCGUAAAAUCUUACUGCAAUAUUUAAGGUUUGAAACUUUUUAUUCUUGCAAAGAUAUUAUUAGGAACACCUUGUUUUGCUUGUCAUGAAUUCGAAGCUUUUAAAUUUAAUUUUCAUUUCAUAAGCCACUCUAAAGUGAGUUUAAAAAUUUGGUAUUUUUACUCAAUAUUGUGAGAUGCGAGGUACUAUAGACAUUAUGGGUUUAAAAAAAAUCAAUGUAUUAUCUGAAAUGUGAUAAAUUUUUUAAUCUCUUCAGACUUUGAGGAAAAGUAUUUUCAAUUAAAAGAUUUGCAACUUUUUUCCAUCUUUUUCUUCAUUGAGAUAAAUUUUGAAGUGGUUCUUUCUUGAAUUUUUUUCAUUGUUGAUCAGAUAUUUUGUUAAAUUGUUGUCCAACCAGAAUGGCUUUUGAAUUAAGUAUUAUUAAAAUUGUUAUUUUGAAUAAUGAUUUUAUUUUUACAGAAUAUUUUCAUUGGAGCAGCACUAGCAAUCACUGGAAAUCUCCUUAUCAGCAUUUCAAUGAAUAUACAGGUCAGUAGAUUGAGAGUGUUUUUAUUUUAAGUAGUCUUUGGGGUUAAGAUUAUAAAUAAUUAAAGCUCUCCAAAAUGAAUUUCUCUCAGACAUGUACACACGCAUGCAUUCUUCAAUUUUAGAUGCAAGUGUUGGAUUUGAGUGAUGAUUACUCAACUCAGGUCUAACAGCAAGGCGUGAAAAAAUUUCCAACCAGCACUGGUCAAUUUAUGUGGUCUAACCUACUCUUGCUUUAAAGGGACAACUUAUUUUUGGCUGGAAAAAUAUCCACAACAUUAUAUCUCUAUAAAUCCCCUCUCCUUUAUGAAAUAUGUGUAAAUACUUUACCAUGCUUUAGUUUUACAUGUAGCCUCCAACUCAAUGCAAGAUAAAUGAUACACCCAUAUUUAAAACCUGAACAUAGCUUGGAAUUAAAUUUUUCUUUACUUAUGUAAACAAUCGGAGGAAAUGUGUGGUCAUCCAAGGAGUUAACUGGACUAAACCUUCAUGUAUAUUUGACCUAAUAUUGUCCGUAGACUGGUCAUUAUUUCCAGCCCUGACCAGUAGAAAUAUAGAAGAAUUGGUUUUUAAAGUUUGAUACACUGUGUAGGUUUUAUUGCUGAUUGUUAAUGAAUAGUUGUAAAUACCACAAUGGAAUACUAAUCUUAUAAUAAUCAAACUGCUCUUCAAAAGUUUUGUGUAUUUUUUUCUACAUGGAUAUCCUUAAAACAAUUUCUGUGAUUUGCUCAGACUUAGAUGCAAUCUGAUCUUUAUGGAGUGGCCUUAGUAAAGAGUCAGUUUUUUGGGAAUUGUAUUAGCAAAGUAUAGUGUCUGGUAAUUUUAUAGACCUUUUUUUGUGAACAAGUGUUCCUUGAUCUAGAGGUCUCAAACCAUUUGAACUGUAGUUUUAUUUGCACUGUCUUCCCAAAAUUUUUAUUUCUUUUUCAGAAAUCAGUGUUUUUUUUUGGUGAAAAAUUCAAAUAACCAAGUAACUUCUCUCUUGAAAAAGGAUGCAUUUUUUUUCUAAAAAUAAAUCCUUAUAUGAGACAUUAUUAGUUCUUUUGAAUUCAGUACUGCAUACAUUUCAAAUCCCUUUUUCAUUUGCGGUGUACAAGACAAGGGUUUGCUUUAUUAAUUUAGAAUGAAAAUGUGGACAAUGAAAGCUCUUCCUAUGUAACAAAGCUUUUCCAUUUGUUACAUGUCAUUGUUGCCAAAGUACUUUUGAAUUCUGAAAUCUUCACUGGAUGAAUUUGUGAAGCUCAUUUAUAAUUUACAACAACUGAAUAACAUUAAACUGUAAUAUUCAUGUGAAAUUGCCUUUCAGACCUACACAUUUAGAAAAUUUACAAUUAGUGUUUACUUUUGUCAUAGAAAUAUUCCCAUUUGCGCCAAGCAGAAGAGAAAAGUGAAACACACUAUUUGAAAAGUAAAAUAUGGUGGUAUGUUUUUCUCAAUCUUUGUCUCAGUUAUAAUUUGAAUUAUUAAUGAAGAUGUAGAGAGAUCUUUUAAGAAUAGCACAUUGGGUGUCAUCUCAUUGUUGUCUUAUUGAAAGGGUGAAAAUUUUCACCUCACACCCAAUGUGACAAUACUACAGUGUACAUGUGUAUUAAUUUUGAAAUUAAAAGCACAGAUAAGUCAAUAUGAUAAAAACAUUUGUUUAUUCAAGCUAUUUGAAAUUUUUUAGAUUUAUGCUGUAAUGCAGGAUGAAAUGUGCUAAGUGUCUUGAAAAUUAUAUAUUAAGCAUAUGGGAAUUCUGGCCAACUAUACCAAGCAUGCUACAGUUGGUCAUUAAAGGAAUUAUCAAAGAAGAAAGAUAGAGAAUUUUGUUCAAAUAUUCUUCACACUUAUCAGCCCUUUGACUUCAAAGAGAGACUGGCAUCCAAUUUGUUUAUCACCCCUAAAUCAAACAUUAAGGUCACAAGGAUAAAGGAAAGGGUCAGCAAGUAAGGAUAGCUCAGGAUUGUUAGACAAAUUCUCCUUGCACCACCUUAGGAAAUGUAUAGAGAACAGUAUGGAGAAUAUGCUCAACAAAUAGAUUCCAAGUUGCCAUGCAUCUGUUCAGUAAUAGACCACAGAUGACGUCAAAAUGUGGUAAGAACAAAUAUUAGCCGAGUGUUUCACUGAUGGUCUUACCACAUUUUGACGUCCUCUGUGAUCUAUUACUGAACAGAUGCAUGGCAACUUGGAAUCUAUUUGUUUUAUAGAAUAAAGAAUUAAAAUGUACAGAAAAAAAUUUUUGAUGAUGACAUCAUCUAUGCACCUGUCCUCCAAUAGAUCAUAAUUGAGAACCAGUCAGGAUGCGUGCAUAACUGAGCUUAUUAUCUAAAUACUAAUAGAUGUUAGGGUGUAAAGGGCAAAUUAAAAAAAUGCUAACUUGUUUUUGAUGAAUUUAGGGUUGGUCUUAUUUUAAUGGUUCUUGGAGAAAUUGGAAACUUCUCAGCUUAUGGCUUCUCGCCAGCAUCACUUGUGGCUCCACUUGGAACUACCACUGUAAUAGGUAUGUGUUUGGAUAUCUUUCUAAUCUGUUAUAUAUGCAGGGCUGUAUACAAUAGCUGGUAGCCAGUUUAUUUUCACACAACAGUCCUGUAUUAAUUGUUAUUUAUCAGGAGGAAGGUCUGGCAUUUGAUCUGUGCCCUAGGUCUUGAGUUUUGCUUAAGGUCAACUGCCAAGGGCCAAACUCAAGACCAAGGGUGCAUUUUUUCCAUAUAGGGGCCAAACUAGACCAGUAAAAAACUUAUUUGUUGUUCUAUUAGUUUGCUAUUUUCUGCUUUGCCACAAAUAGCAAGACAAAAAUUCUGGAUCUAGCCUUUGUACAAAAGCUGGAAGGGUUUUGACACAGGAUUAGCCACUCAGAUUCAAGAAUUUAAGAGUACAGCCCACAAAGAUACUUCAGUAAAAAAAAUAUAUAUUAUUUUCAUCUAAAGGGUGCUUUUGACCAAAAUACUUGUUGGUAAAAACUCAAGAUAUGACUGCAGAAACAGUCUAAUUGAAGUAUAAAAUUUGUUAGCCAUACCUUCUACUCUAUAUUACUGUGACCAUUCAUUUACUUUGUACUUUGCAACUUUCAGGAAGUCAUGUACAUGUAUUUGAUUUUGUGAUCAAAGCUACCAUUGUUUAAUUAGAAUCUCUCUUUUCUUACAGCUAAUGCCAUCAUUGCUGUUGUUUUUCUGAGGGAAAGAGUGCGAUACCAAGAUGUUUUUGGUAAUUUUGAUUAUUAAAUUUUAUAUGCAAGUUUUGAAUGAAUUGAGCAUGAUCAAUGUUUAAAAAUGAAUGUUACUGAAAACAAGUUUUCAUUUAUACCAGAAAGAGUAAAAUAAUUAAUUCUGUUCUCAUCAACAAGUACAAAUCAGUAACAAUCUUCACUCUUUGUCAUCUUUAGGUGUUACCCUUGCAAUUGUUGGUGCCUUUUUGCUCAUAACAUUUUCAACCAAGGUACAGUGUUCACUAUGAGUUAAUUUUAGAUAUUUCAAUAUUUAAACGUUUUGCAAUUUUUUCUGACAUCUGUAAAGUCUUCUUUAGUCUAAGAGCUAUCCAAUUAUGUCUUAAUUAUUUCCUUAAAUCAAUAUGAUAUUUAUUUAUCCAACAGGAGUUUUCAGAAUUGACUGGACAAGAAUUGGCAUCCUAUUUGCGUCAGUGGCCUUUCCUUGUCUAUCUGGUGAGCCUUUUCAUUUCUGGUUGACAUGUCAUAAAUGUUUAAGAUGGUUUGUGUUUUGUAGACCCAUAGCAGACUUCUGUCACAUCUGAUGAUUGACCCAUGGAAACCAAUUCCUAAACAAUCUGUGUUAACAGAGGAACAGUAACAUUUGCUACUUAGAAUUUUCUAGAAAUGUAAAAAAGGUUUAGUAUGUGUAUUUCAUAUAAGUGCAAAAGCAUGCUUGCAACAGGAGAUAUUUCAUUGAAAGUUUAUGUAAACAGUGGUGUAGGAUGUAAGAAGUCAGGCUGUCACACUUGUCAGUCUCGUAUUCAUGUAACACCUGUGUGGCACAGGAUUGUUAGGCUACCUGGCCGAGUUUAGAUAUAUUGUCAGUAAAUAAAUCUCUGUUGAGUAUUCUUCAAGUCUCACUUAUAUUUUGGACACGAAGCCACACAAUAUGCUACAUAAAUGUCAUCUCUCCAUGGCUCUACAAUGUUGUUAGUUAACCAGGCAAACCUUUAUUCAACAACUUGUUUUCUUCAUAUUCAAUUAGAGAAAUUAAAUUUAACCCUUUAAACUCCCAGAUCAAAUUUGUAAUUCUCCUUUCUGUCAACCAUGCAAUUGUUAUCAUGAUAGUUCAGAGAAUUAACUAUUGAAUCAACCAAUUAUCCCCAAAUUGAUAUUUUUCUUUAUUCUCAUCACUUAUCUGGUUGAUAUUGUAUUAAUAUUAUAAGGAGAGAUUCUGUCUUGGUCACUUCUGGGAGUUAUAGGGUUAAGCAAGUUAAAGAUCAUUGCAAUCUGAUCAGCAGCUUUUGUUACAUACAGUGUAGUGACGCAAAUAAUUUACUUCAGAUCUUUUAUUGUUUUCCUCCAGGCACUGGAAGUUGCUCUGUUUUGUAUUCUACUCAUUGCUCAAUGGCGUUAUGACUUGGAAAAUGUGGUAGUCUUCCUACUCCUGGUAGCAUUGUUAGGUAAGUUUAACCUUUAGACCCUUAAGAGUGACUAGCAUCUAAUUUCUCCUUACAGUAUCACCCCUGAAUCAAACAUUCAAGUUGUGAGAAUAAGGGAAAUGAUCAUCAUCCAGAGAGGCUCUUGAUUGUUAAACAAAUUCUCUUUGUAAGCAACUUAGGAACUGUAUUUUAGUACAGUACUGAGAAUAUGCAUACUGAUGUUAGGGUGGAAAUGAUUCAUGUACAUAAUUGCACCAUUUACCAGUAGUUAUAGCUUGUAAAAAAUAUUACUCAGUUUUUAAACAAGCUACAAAUGUUUAUCAUUAUAUUUUUUGUUUUCUUUUGGGUAGUUGAAAAUUGUUUUAGACCACAGCAUCCAGAGUAGAAUAAAUAGAUUAAAAAAAGAAAUUAAAAAACAGUAGCUGCCAAAGGUGAAGAUUGAUUUCAGGUUAAGAAAGGUGUUUAAUUUUUUUUUCUCUGAUUGAAGCAGCUAGUGUUUCAACAGCAGUGGCCCUCUAAAAUACAGUCCACCAGGGCCUUCUGAAGAAUACUGCAAACCCUUUACAAUUUCUACCAAAGGGCCAAAUUUAAGGAAGUUGGCUGUAGGUCACAAACUCAUUUAUCUGACUUUUUCUAUAUUGCAACCAAAAAAAAUUGUUACUGUAUGUUUAAGUGUGUUGUUUUCAAGAUUCCAUUACAACUCUGAAAUGCAAAAAUUGAGUUCAGGAGAAUUAUAAAAUGGAGUGUUUGGAAGAAAUCUUUCAAUACAUGUAAUUUCCUACCGAUUGCUUGAUUUUCCUUGAUUGCUCUGGUUUAUUCAACAAAUUCUCCUUAAUACCAAAAUGAAUGCAGAGAGAGGAGUAGGGAGAAAAUGCAGACUGAUGUUUGGCCAUAUAGGGUUAAAUAAAGGGAUCUACAUGUAACACCCUGUUGCCAUUUUAUUGACUGUUUGAUAUGACUGUUUUUGUUCUUUUAUUUCACGACAGGUUCUUUGACUGUAAUAUCGGCAAAAGCUGUAUCAUCCAUGAUAAACAUAACACUGGGUGGAAACAGUCAGUUGGGGCAUCCUUUGUUUUACGUCAUGCUUAUUGUCAUGAUUACCACAGCUAUCGCACAAGUCAAGUAAGUAUUAAAACACAAAUUUAACAAUCAACUUUCAUUCUUUGUAAAUGACAAUCUUGUGGAUAAAAAAUUUUGACCUCACACGAGAGAAACCUUCCUGAUCAGUUUUCCAUGGCUAACACAAAACUUGCACUAUUGCAGCCAUACAUGACAUAUUUUGGAACUUCAAGGCACAUGAUAAGGAGAGCCACUUUAAAUAUUUGUGCUUCUUUGCAACCUCCAAUUCUUGGGUCAGAAAAAGCACAGGGAAGAAAGUUGUACCACAAUUCUUUUGAAUGUCUCCAAAAAGUUUUGGAAAAAAUUUUUGGGGCUAAAACAUCCUCAGAAAAAGUCUUUGAAAUCAAAAUGGAUGGUCUAUUAAAAUCAAACUUUAUGGGAAAUAAAUCUUUGAUAUUAGUGGAAUUGGGUAAACUCUAAGGUUUUGUUGCUUUUUUUUUUUUUCACAGAUUUCUCAACAGAGCCAUGCAGUCUUUUGAUGCGACUGUUGUAGUUCCCACCAACUUUGUUUUAUUUACAAUUAGUGCUAUCAUAAGUGGUGAGUAACAGAAAGAAGUAUAAAGUAAUCACUCCCAGAUCUCAUUAGAAAUUCUCCUUUCUGUCUGCCAUAAAUUUCUUGUGAUGUUCAUUUGGAGAAUUUGGUAUUGGAAUGACUAACAAUUGUUUGCUUGAUACUGUAUUGAUAUUGUGAGGAGAAAUUCUGUCUUGGUCACUCAUGGGAGUUGAUAAGAGAGAUAAUUGAGCUAAAAAGCUAGCAGUUAUAUAGCUUACUAUUUUUUUCUUUUGAUUUCAGGUAUUGUUUUGUAUAAAGAAUUUUAUGGUCUUACAUUUCUGGAAAUAUUUAUGUUUCUUUUUGGGUAAGUUCCUGUAUUUUGUUGAAACCAAAGUUUCUCUUUUCAAGGUACAUUCUGCAAAAUCCUGGCAUCCAACUUGACUAUGACUAUGGAACAGUUAAUAUUAUACUUUUCUCAGUAUUUUGUUUUAAUAAUUAAAAUGAAGAUUAUGAAGAUCUAUUUUGUAGAAUUGAUUGGCUCAGAUUUUAAACGGUUAUGAACAACUUUUGCAGGUGCAUUUUGUCGUUUAUCGGUGUAUAUUACAUCACCUCAGACCGAAAACAAGAGGAGUCAGACGAGCAGCUGCUACUUACAAAUGCUGACCUGUUCCCUGGUAUGUCAAUAAUCAUUAACCCUUUAACUCCCUGUAGUGAUCAGCAUGAAACUUCUCCCUAUAAUACCUUUACAUUAUCAAGCAAACAGGUAAUGAGAAUAUUCAAACUCAUCAGGUAGCAGUUGUUAUCUUGAUCUUACACCAAAUUCUUAUAACUAAUUUACAAAGAUAUUUGUAGCAGCUAGAGGGGAGAAUUAACGAUCAGAUCUUGGGAGUUAAAUGGUUAAUCUUUUGACCUAUUACUUUUCUUUAACCCUUCAACUCCCAGAAGAGAUUAACAUUUAAUUUUCUUAGAAUAUCCAGACAUUGUACUACAAGCAGGUUAUGAGAAUACUCAAUGAUCCACAGACUGGUAGAAGUUUGUAGGAAACUGAUAUGAAAGUAUUUUAAUUGAUUUUGUUUUUUUAGGAUUCUUGUCACUUUCCUCAUCGAAGUUGAUUGCAGUACAACCCAACAACAUGCUAACAGCCUCUCAUGUGGAGUAUCCCAUGCUCCCUAGCAAGCCAACUUAUGAAUCAACUGCUGAUGCAGAACAACAAGUGGAAGGAGGGACAUAACCUGUUACGACCUGAACAUAAAUUUCUUGCACAAAUAGUACUUUUGGAAUGAACUAUUAACAUGACAUUUUUGAUUCUGUCUUCCGAAAGGUGGGAUGGGAUGGGCC